AUCGAAGGGCUGAUCAACUCGCGACCACUAACUUAUGUUUUCGACGACGACGAAACCUGCACGUCACCCUUGUGUCCUUCACACCUGAUAUAUGGACGUCGUAUGACCACUAUGCCGAAUAGCCAACACUAUGAAGUUAUUAGCACGCAUCAAUCGUUAACGAAAAGAGCACGACACCACCGAAACCUAAUUCAGCAAUUUACGAAGCAGUGGAGAACUGAAUAUUUGUUGGGACUUCGUGAACAAUCUAGAGUUAUGGCAAGAAAUAACAAGACGGAUAAUAUUUCAAUCGGUGACAUUUUUAUUUUAAGGAACGAUAAAACGAGUCGCUGUUUUGGAAGCUAGCCAAGGUUGAGCAACUUUUACAUGGAGAAGAUAACCUUGUUCGAGCAGCUGUUGUUAAAGUGUUAGGUGGCAAGAGUGACAAAGCGCAACUUCUCCGAAGAUCGAUUAGUCACCUGAUUCCAAUCGAAGUGAAGCAACCGCUUAGCGAGGUCAAGAAUAAAUCGGAAGCAACAAUUAGCGAACCGCCUGUAUCGUUAAAUACUCGUCCACGGCGUAUGGCGGCGGUCAUCGGAGAGCUUAAAAGAGCCGAACAACUGAAACAUAUCUGAAAAACUUAAGAAACUUAACGUAAUUGCAGUAAUGUAUAUAUUCAUAUUUUAUCGAUUAUUGUCAACAUUGGGGAGUAUUGUUGAUCACUUGUACAGUGACUCAACGUUGGGGAGUGUUAUAAAGAUUCAUUGUUAUUAUUCAUUGUUAUUAUAAGGAUUACGCAACUUUGGAACGCACGUGAACAAUUUGAUCACUGUGACGUAUCACGAAAACAUUUUUUGCCAGUAAUUUAUUAGUGUAUUGUUUUUCGUAUUUUGUGUACAAUAAAAUGGUUUUGUGUGUAUAUUAUCGAAGAAAAGGUCAAAUUUAGCGCAGAAUUACUAUUCAUAACAGCUUGUGAACAAACUUGUAACAAUAGGUAGGUAGGUAGGUAGGUAGGUGGGUGGGUGGAUUGGAAAGUGGAUGGGUAAUUAGGUAUGGUUGGGUAAGCGGGUGAUUGGGCGGGUUGGUGGGCGGUUGGGUGGGUACUAGGUAGGUAGGUGAUUGAGACUUCAUUAGGUCCAAUUACAAGGUUUGCUCAAAACGAAUUAUAACAUUUAUUCUUCCAGCAAUGCAACAGUAACAACCCAAAACGAUGGACGGCAAACAACAACCUCAAAUGCAGCGAUAAUAACGUGAAGACAAGAAACGAUCGUUGUAUUAAUGGAGAAUGUCGUGGACAACCUUACACGUGUCUGCCAUGCCAAGAUCACUACAACGACGCGUGCAGGCUAAAGUCUGGAUACUGUAUCAUCAAGACCAACAAUGUAGACACAUGCUACCGCGGGAAUACGGCAAAACCCGGGAACUCAUGUCAGGUAGGGUAAAAAACAGUUAAAUUCUCUCAAAACCUGUGUCUUGUUUAUAUCGCGCGCAGCAAAAAACAAAACUGGAGAAUAUGUUUGGCUAGAUGGCCAGAAAUCACGGACAUAAUUAUUCUACUUUCUCACUCAUUCGCAUAUCGUCGAUACAUAAACCCGUUGAGAUAUCGCUUCUGCUGAAAACAGUAAAUUACAUUACGUGAUGCCGUAAAUCGCAAAAUCAGAGAAUGCGGAAGGUCGUUUGCAAUUUGCCUCUCAGAUUUUGUGAUUAACAAACUCUUGUUAUAUGAUUCAACGUUUGCUGUUAAAGCAAUAUUUCAACGUGAUAUCCAAAUUACAAUUCGAAGAAAAUAGAAUAAAUCAUUUUCUGCGAAAAUACAAGCUUCUCAAAGCACUGAUUUAGCUAUUUAAAAGUACCAAUUGAAAAAUCUAUUCCUUCAGUGGUGCAAUCCAAGUACAACCACUUCAGCAUGGACAAUCAGAAAUGGAAUAUCUUGUGAUGAUCGGCAGAAAUGCACGCGCUCAGAUAAAUGUACAAAUGGCCAAUGUGGCGGCAUCAGUUUUAAGUGCAAUACAUUGUGUCAAUAUUGUGAUGGAAAUGGCUGUAGUUUGAAUACAGGUUUUGGAUAUGUGGCAGGAAAAUGUACAUGCAAAAUAGCAGGUGAGUGAACAUUACUGCUCAUGUUUUCUCCUGUAAUAACAUAGUUGGCGCUUACAGUUGGACAGUUUAGAACUGAUGGUGCUAUCCAGUAUAAACAAAGUUAGUUUAAUGUUUUUGAUGUUACUCUGAGUGUAUAUCCACGCCGGGCAAGCUGAAAAGUUAGGGUCACGCUUCGAUUCCCACCGUGGUCAGGCUAAAUUUUCAGCCUGCCCGGUGUAAAUAUACACUCAGAGUAACAUCAAAAACAUUAUAUUUACCUAAGUACAUAACAUCAAAACACAUACGAAAAUAUCAUAAAGUUACUUUAGUUUAGGUUUCCUCCUGUAGUAACACUGGAUCAACAUGAGAUGGCCCUUACUGGACCUCAGAACAAGAAGAACAUAUUAAAACUGAUAGAACUAUCCAGUAUAAAUAAAAUUAGUUUAAGUUUCUUUUUACGUUAACACUGUAAUAAUAAGGAUUGACUCGUACUGGACCUCUAGGGAGAACAGUUUAGAACCGAUAAAACUAUCGAGUAUAAAUAAGCUUAGUCUUCUUCCAACCUAACAUUGGAACAAUAUGGCUCUUAAUGGAGAACAGGCUAGAAAGAACUGAUACCCGGGAUAAAGAAAGUUAGUUUAGUUUAGUGAAAGUGGUCUGAAGAUGAUUUUAAAUUUUGAUGGUAUAAAAAUGGUGAUAUAUAAAAACUGUAUAUAUAUAUAUAUAUAUAUAUAUAUAUACAGUAUAUAUAUAUAUAUAUAUAUAUAUAUAUAUAUAUAUAUAUAUAUAUAUAUAUAUAUAUAUAUAUAUAUAUAUAUAUAUAUAUAUAUAUACAGUAUACAAUUUUAUAUAUACUAUUUAAAGCACGCGUAGGAGUGUUUUAUCACAUAUAAAUAUAUAUAUAUAUAUAUAUAUAUAUAUAUAUAUAUAUAUAUAUAUAUAUAUAUAUAUAUAUAUAUAUAUAUAUAUAUAUAUAUACAAUUUUAUAUAUUUAUUACGACCUAAUUAGGAGCAGCUGCGAAAUAUGCAGCUAUAACCCCUCUGGCAGGAAUCGAAACUGCGUUCCUGCGAUUUCGUAAAUGUGUCGCCUGGGUGGCAUCCCACAUAAACACACAAAAUUAUUGACUGGGUCAAUUAAAGUCAAACUUACAUUUCUUGGUAACAGGUAAAUAUUACAACCAUCAACAGCUAAACCCAGGCAAUGAAUGUCAAUGGUGCGACCUGUAUGACAAAGCUUCCAAAUCAAGCUCUGUAUGGACCAACAGACCCGCGGUCUCUUGUAACGAUGGCAACGCCUGUACGAAACAAGAUCUCUGCCAAAGCGGCCGAUGUGUGGGCAAGGCAUACAGUUGUCAAUCAUCCUACCCCCAGAUCAGUUGCAUACAACGCUCUGAGUGUGUGGGCGACAGUACUUGCAGGGAUAUCAUGCGAACCAAAGGGACAGUAUGUCGUCCAGCUGUGGAUAAGUGUGAUCAACCUGAAAGGUGAGAGGUCAGUUCGGUAAACAUGCAUGAAAACAAGAAAACAUUGUUUCCUACCUAUGUUUCCCGAAGGUGCGUAAACCAGGAAACAAUGUUUCCUAGCCAUGUUUCCUGAAGGUGGACAAACCAGGAAACAUUGUUUCAUAGCUAUGUUUCCCGAAGGUGUGUAAACCAGGAAACAUUGUUUCCUAGGCAUGUUUCCUGAAGGUGGACAAACCAGGAAACAUUGUUUUAUAGCUAUGUUUCCCGAAGGUGGACAAACCAGGAAAUAUUGUUUGAUAGCAAUGUUUCCUGAAGGUGGACAAACCAGGAAACAUUGUUUCCUAGCCAUGUUUCCUGAAGGUGGACAAACCAGGAAACAUUGUUUCCUAGCCAUAUUUCCGGAAAAUAUUGCAUGGAAUUUAAAACAAAAAGUUUCAGCAACAAAAGGUGGCAAUAUGUUGGCAACCUAGAUCCCGCUCCCCCGCCCUCGUCAAUAUUUCGCGAAGUGUCCGCUAUGGUAGGUAACAAGAAGUCAAAAUAACAUGACCAAAGGUAAAAUAAUUCAGAGUCUAAUUUCUCCUUCACAGAUGUAACGGUGCACUGGGGACAUGUCCACCACGAGUUGUCGACGCAAUUAAACUUCAAGAAGGGCAAUCUGCUUUAACUCUUUCAAACUUCGCAAGUUCCAUCGCAUACCAACCAACCACGGACAAAUUCUUCCUCAAACUAACUGGUUUUUCAGUCACAUGUGGUGCCCUCACUAUAAAAUGGUCUUUACGCAAAAGCAAGAACAGCUGUACUCCUGGUAAAAACCCCGGUAACCUGACUAAUACAAACAACCACGUCCUUAGCCGGUUAACUUUACAGAACGGCGAGACAUAUAAAGUAGUUGUACAAACUUACGAUAUUCGUGGACAGUUUGGGUUGCCUGUAUGUAGCAACGCGGUUACCAUAGAUACUAGCAGGCCGAGUGGAGGAUGGAUUCGCGAUGGCCUGGGCACGAAAGACGUUCAAUUCCAAUCAAGUAAAACGAUCAGUGUGACCUGGGGUGGUUUUAAAACAAGUCAUGGUAUAGCAAAGUACGAGAUAGCUGUGUACCAUAAAAACACUGUCUUACAAUCUUUUACUAAUGUUAACCUCAAAGCAUCUUUUUCCAAAACAUUUUCAGUAAUCACAGAUGGCAGUAAAAUUAUCACAAGAGUCAGAGCAUUUACAAAGGCAGGUCUUUAUACGGAAAUUUUCAGCAAUGGAGUGACGGUCGAUACCUCCAAGCCUAAACCAGGGACGGUCUCCGACGGGCCGUCUUCUGAUCUCAAGUAUGCUAGCUGGAUUAAGACCUAUGAUGCCAGUUGGACCCAAUUCACGGACGCUCAUACACCUAUUGUCGAGUACAAGCUCGCUGUGAAAAGAAAAGAUGGUGCAUUGGUUUCGCCUGGGUUGACAUCGGUCGGUUUGGGACGUGCCGGUCAAGUGUCGGGAUUGACUCUAACCUCCGGGGUCCAGUAUUGCGCUAUUGUAGAAGGGGUCAACGCGGCCGGUCUUAGUACCCAGGCUUCUUCCGACUGCCUCCUCAUAGACCACUCUGCACCGCGACCUGGCACGGUCAAUGAUGGAACCUUGGAAGACAUCGACUAUCAAUCGGCGGACAACGUAUUCCACGCAAACUGGAAUGGAUUUGACGACGGGCAAAAGGGUAGCGGACUUGCGGAAUAUAGAUACAAAUUAACGGAUAAGAAUAACAAAGAUAUUACGUCAUGGGCUUCUGCUGGUCUUCAAACUAAAACCACUAUUACAGGGUUAAGCCUUUCAAGUGGCAAUACGUACUAUCUGACAGUACGAGCAGUUGAUAAAGUCGGACAUUACAUUGAAGUCAAAUCAGACGGAAUUCUUAUCGAUAUAAGCCGUCCAGUUUAUACGGGCAGUUUGAGCGUCCAGGGUGAGACAGCUCAAACAAAUGGCGAGACAGUGGUGUAUAUCAGAGAUAAAGACUUCGUGAAAGUCUCCUGGCCACAGUUUGUGGACGAUCAUAGCGGGAUGAGGAAAUAUCAAUGGACUGUUGUCGAGAAGAAUGUGCAGCCAACAUCGUGGAAAAAUGUACCUGGAGUUAAACUUGCUACCAAAGCCAUUAUAAGGUGAGAAGCAACUUGGAUGUCUAGCUUAUCGCCAAGCAAUCACUAUAAAUAAGCUGCUUUAGCAUAUAUUUGGGAGGUGGAAAGUGGUUUUCCCGCAAUUUCAUUGAUUGUUCAGCAUCGGUUAUCCUUGCACUAUUCACCUUCGGACAAAAACAAUAUGUCUUCGCGUUUUGUUCCGAUAACAGACGAGCAGAUAUUUUACUAAACCAAGCUUCAGUUUCUCCGAACACAAAGAAAGCUACAAAGUUUUGUUUAACAGUGUGUAGAGCUAUUCUUUAAAACUAUUUCAAAUAAAUAAAACUACCAAAUGCUUGCAAAUGUUUUCUUUACAACUACAGUAUUGCGGGAGCUGUGACACAAAUUGUUUAUUUUCGUUGCUUUUUGAUGAUGUUUGUUUUGUUAUGGUAUAACAAUUUCUCCCAAUGAAUAUCCUUGCAUUUCGGUGAAUAAUUGACAAUAAUUUUUCAUUACCCAACCCUUGAGUUGUUUUGUUUUUCAUUUACCCAACCUUUUACUCACUCAAAAUUUAGUUUACCCAACCCUUUUCUCUUCGGUGCCAUAUCACGCCAUAAAUAAUAACCGAAUUGACAAAUUCAGCAGAUGAAUCACUACCACUCACUGUAAUAAUAAUAAUAAUAAUAAUAAUAAUAAUAAUAAUAAUAAUCAUAAUAAUAAUGGUUUAUUAUCAGCAUUUCCGUAAAAUGGCUCUUCGCCUGAUAAAACUAUACUAAAACAUCCAAGCAUGAAAAUAGAAAAAAAUUGUAAACCUAUAAGCAUCACAACUAAAUAGUAAGACAGCGUCGCUUUAAAAUCUUAAAACUUUGUCUAGAGAAGGCUCUAUGAUCUGUGCAUGAUUUGAUAUCAGCUGGUACAAAUUAAGUAAUGCGGUUGAACAAUCUUGAAAAGUAUUAGAGACAAGAGGUAACAUACAAUGACUUCAGCAUUUGACCGUAAAACGCGUUAAGCUAACGAAGAGAGACCAGUCGUAAAGUUCUAAAUUUUUCUGAGAUUUGCCAGAGUGCCAUAGCAUGUCGAGGCGAAGAGAGAACCUCUUCGAGAACCUUUGCCAUCUUCAAAUAACAUUGUUUAAUUCUUCCUACUUUGUUUCAAUUUAGAUCACUUUCGCUAAAAAACAACAAAGAAUAUCAACUGACUAUACGUGGCAUCAACAACGCUGGUCUUUAUGCCGACAUAAAAUCACCUCUACUCAUUCCCUUAAGUGAAGCUCCCGAUCUCGGUACGGUGUCGGACGGCCAGGACCCGACGAUAGAUAUCGAUUACCAAACAAACGCAUCCGAAAUUUACGCGACUUGGAAGGGUUUUGAAAUACCGAACGUUAAAGUCCGAGCUUACUUCGUUGCCGUCGGUAGCUGCAUCAAAGGAAACUAUCACGUGACUAAUAACCAGUUUAUACCGGUUAAUCCAGCCACGGCUACCACGUUUGGAAUACAAGGACUGAGUCUGGUCAACGGUCAAAAAUAUUGUAUUAAAAUCAAAGCAGAAAAUCUAGCCGGCGUUCAAACUCAGCCUGUCUCCUCGGACGGAUUCAUAGUUGACGUGACUCCCCCUGAUCUGAAACGGGCGAUGGUAUUAGACGGUAGUGGCGAUGAUGAUAUAGAUUAUCAGUCAAGCAGGGGGGAGCUGUCCGCUACUUGGACCGGGAUCCAAGAUCACGACUCGGGGAUAAACCAUUUCGAAGUUGCAGUCAGUCGGAAUCGGGUUGGCGAACCGGAUGUGACGUCAUUCAUAGACGUUGGCCAAAACACGUUAGCAAAGAUAUCUGGGCUAAGUUUGUACAAAGACGUGUAUUACGUCAUAGUGUGUGCUAUAAAUAACGCAGAAUUAAAGUCAUGCCUAGCUUCGGAUGGAGUACUUAUUGAUCCAACCCCUUCAACAUCCGGUGCGGUGCAUGAUGGGAUACUAGAACCGGAUGUUCGUUACCAGUCUUCCACGACAAAGAUGAGCGCGAACUGGGAACGAAUCUGGGAUUUGGAAAGCAGAGUGGAAAGAUUCGAAUGGGGGAUUGGGGAAAAGAAUCCGGGAUCUGUGUUGAACUUUGUUGAUGUAGGUCUGCAAACUCACGUGACAACUAAAAAAGUGUUAUCUCUACAACAUGGUCAUAAUUACACGGUAUUCCUGCGCGUGUACAACAGAGCCGGGGGUGUGCGUGAGUUGAGAUCAAAUGGAGUCACUAUUGAUACCACUCCCCCCGUGCCGAGUGACAUUACGCUGGGAUGGAAGUGGCGUUUCAUCCAGGAGACUGGGACCUAUUAUUCAUCUACUGCCUCGGGGAUAUACGUGACAUGGGGGGAUUUCAAGGAACCUGAAAGUGAAAUAUGGUACUACAAGUGGGCGAUAGGGACAUCUAAAUGCGGUACCCAGGUUCAACCGCUCAUAAACAUUGGUUUAGCAACCAGUGCCAACACCACAGGAAGUGACCUGGACUUCCUGUCUGGCGUUCCUUAUUACGUUACAGUGGUAGCGCGAAAUCGAGCCGGCCUCGUAUCACGUGCUUGCUCGUCACCACUCCUUUUUGACUACACUCCACCUCGGGCUGGCAGCAUCCUGGUAACUUCACAUACGGGGACUGUAAAAACCUAUUUCAGUUCUGACGAGAACCCACGGGUAACCUGGUUCGAUUUUGAGGAUAUGGAAAGCGGAAUAGAAAUAUAUGAAAUUUCAGUAAUGCAAUCUAAUACAUCCGUGUUGAACUAUACUUUUAACUCAACCCAAGUCCAGUCUGACAUUUCACUUCGUACCCUGCCGCACGGAACAACAUAUACCAUAGUAUUUAAGGCCAUCAACUAUGCAGGACUACCAACCACAGUUUAUUCAAAACCUUUCACCAUAGAUGACACCCCGCCAUUUUAUACCAGACUUGAAGAGGCACUACCUCGACGAAGCUAUCAGUCUCAUUCCGAUACACUUAAACUAUCUUGGGAACGAUUUGCAGACAAUGAAAGCCCUGUAGAAUUUUAUGAAAUUGGCAUAGGAACCAGGCCAUCCCGAGACGAUAUACACGAAUUUACCAGAACUGGUUUGCGUAAAGAUUUUGAGUUUACUGCUUUGGAGCUAAAGGACAAUCAGGGAUAUUUUGUUACAGUAAAGGCCAGCAACGCAGCAGGGCUC